CACAUAUCUCACUCAUUUCUUCACCAUUUCACCUCAUUUUUGUCUUAAAAGUUUCUAUUUUCAAUAUCUAAUCCCAUACACUAAAAAAGUUUUGUUUUUUCACCCAUUUACACUGUACCCGAACCUAUUUUAAAAAAAAGUGGUGGUUUAACUCCGACCACCGCUUUUAGCGGAGAAAUCGUUCAAUCUCAACGUUCAUUAAGGUAUAAAUAUGAUUUCUGUUCAUUUUAUUAAUGUACAUUGGUAUUAUUUCAUUUUUGUAAAUUUUUUUUAGGAUUUUUUCAUUUUAUUGAUAUUAUAUUGUGUGUGCUAUAGGUGGCCGGAUUUUUGGUCGCAAUUUGUCGCCGGAUUGCGUUUAUAAGGUAAAUAUUUAUUUACUUGAUAUAUAAUAUAUAUGUGUAUAUUUUGUAUUUUAUUAUUGAAUAUGUGUUUAUAUAUAUGUUGUGUGUAUAUAUAUUGUGUAUAUACUAUUUGUGUAUUUUGUGUAUUUGUAUUGUAUAUAUAUUUGUUGUGAAUGAGAAUGAGAGGUAGUAGGAAUUUAAUUAGUUUAGAGUUAAAGUUUUUAAAAUAAUGGUAGUGUGAUAUUUAGUUGAUUAUACAUGUAUAUAUAUGUAUAUGUUAUUUUUAAAAAAAAUUAUGGAAAUUAGUAACUAGUAACUUGCUACUUUGUUUAAUAACUAGUAAGUAAUUUAAUAAUUAAAAUUUUAAUUUGGUUGUAUAUUGCAUUAUGUUAUAGGUUGUGUGCUAAUAUUUGAGAGUCGAUCGACAUAUUUCGGUGUUGAUCGGAUUUGCAAUAGGUAUAUCCAUCCGCUAACCUUUUGUUAGUAUAAUUAAUUAUCAAUGUAUGCUUAGUUGAGUUUGAAUAUCUUAAAUAUUCAUCCGUAGUGAAGUAGGUUCUGCGAAUACAUGUACUGCGGUCGGAUUGGUGGAUAAAUUUUGUAUUGUUUAUGUUAGUUUCUUUGUUCUGUAUUGUUAUAUUUGUUCUGUUUGUUACUUUAGGCACUUUUAAAAAUUUUGGGAACGUCCAAUUACAGCCGUUAUGCUGCCAAAAUUUCGGUAGAAUUUGGAUCAAAUUUCGGUAGAAUUUAGUGUUAUUAGUAGCAUGAUAUUCAAUUUUGUUUGUUAAUGGUGUAGAUAUGGCCAACUCGAGUUCGGGAUCUGAUUCAGACCCAGAGGCAGAGUGUCCAACCACAAUACCUACACGAGGGCCAACGCAAAUGAAUGAAAUAUCCAAACUAAUGGAUCAGGGCAAAAGAGUGGCCCUCGAAGUUAAUGAUAAAGGUCAAUACUGUGGAAAAAGCUAUGCGAAGCUCGUAUCCACUCUAGGAGUCAGAUGUCGGCAGACAAUAGGGUUGGCUUAUAAAAACUGGAAAGAAGUCAACCCGACUCUGAAAAAUAAAGUUUGGAAAGACAUUCAGACGGGGUUCAUUGUGCCGGACACCUUCAAACAUGAUUGUCUCAUCCUAGCUGGGAAGUUAAUGAAAGACUUCAAGAAUAGGAUGACAAAAGACAUCAUAAUGCCCGCGUUGAAAGAGAAUGAUCUGGGACGACUGGCACAAGUCCCUGAAAAGCACCCGGAGAUCGACGCUGCUGAUUGGUGCAAAUUUGUUGAAAGUCGACUAACUCCUGAAUUUCUGGAAUUGAGUAAGGUGCAACGUGAACGUUCCUCAAAAAUUCAAUCCAGACAUCGAAGUGGUCGGAGUGGAAUGGUGAACGUACGGGAAGCUGUGGUAAGUAAUACUAAAAAUUUAAUGUGCUAUACAAUUUAAUUGGUACUCAUUUCAUUGUUAUAACGUUAUGUAGAAAAAGGACCUCGAAGUUGCAGAUCCUCCCCGCCACCGUGUUUGGAUUAAAUCUCGCACCAAGAGUAGAAAACUUGUCACUGAUUACGACAAGGAAAUUGCAGAGAAGAUAGUAAGUAUAUAUUAAUCCUUAAUUGAGUUCUACUCAUGAGUUAGUGUAUAUAAUUCAUAUACUAAUUGCUUGAAUAUAUGCGUGCAUUAGGCUCAAUUAGAGGAGAAGCUUAGUCAGGGACAAAUUCAGUCCGGGGCCAAACGAUAUCCUCACGCAGGCGCUCGGGACACCAGAGCAUCCUGGACGUGUCAGGGCUGCUGGGUAUGCUAUUACUUCAAAUGUUAUUUAUUUAGUUACACAAAUGAAAUCGUUGCUAAUUUGCAUUUUAUGAUUUGUAGGUUCCUGACCAGGGCAUCUCAACUGUUCGGCAGGAAGAAAAGGGAAGUGUCUGAUGUUGUGGCUCGGCAAGCGAAGGAGAUUGAACAAUUAAAAGCCGAAGUCCAAUCCCUUAAGCAGCAGAGGAACGCUGCCGAACAAGAGGAAGAAGGAGAGGUGGCUGGUGAGGCGUAUGUUCCACAACCAUACGCUCCUCAGGAUGAGGUACAACCACAAAUUUAUGCUGAGGAGUUCAUUUCCCUCAACGACCAAGGUAUCCUAUACAAUUUUGAUGACCAUGCGGCCCUUAAUCAGCAAGUACAUCUCUGCUCUGACAACAUCGACAAUAUUGUGGCCCGAGGGUAUUUGUACGAGCAUGUGGGUAAGAUCAAAGUUCACUGCCAGGAUUACGAUGAUUCACAUGCUCGGAUCAUGGUUUCAGAAAUCCUGCAAGAGGACGCUGAAAUCCCAGUCCCAAUUGAAGAGUUCAGAUAUGUUAGGGACGUGUACCAGAUGUUCCUUCCUUGGCCUAAACACUUAAUUUUAACAACCGAGGGUCCACUCGCUCAACCGCCCUCAAGACGUGAUGCGUCAAAGGGGAAAGCUCCGAUGCUUUCUCCACAAAGCCGUGGUGCACGGGAAGAUGAGUUGUUCACGGAAGAGAAGAUGGCGUUGAUCCCUAAUUCGCUAAAAUGGAUGAUUCAUGAAUUCCUAAGGCUCAAAGAUAAACGUGAUAUAAUCACAAUUUCUGUCCCCCGAGGAUUCAUUGCACCGCGUACCCAGAUCAUUUUAUCUGGAGAGGAUUUUGCAGCAGGUUGCUACGUGUAACUACAUCGGCAACCAGGGAAUGCUGUUUGGAAUGAUGUAUACUCUUCUUUAAUCUAAUUAACCUUAUAUCAAAUUAUAGUUAAAUUAUUAUAAGGCACUAACACUUUU